GCCAAUCCCUUGACCCCGUAAUCAGCCUAAUGCGUGAUGCCAAGCCUCCAUUCCCGCUGGAGGCGUCUCGACCUCUCAAGCCCAAGCCAGCCAGCCCCAGCCCUCAACCAGUGCGGCCACCACCUCUCCAACUUCUGCCGCCGAAACCACUGCUCCGUCCUCGCAAUCCAUGGCUACCUCUUCCGCUGCCGCGACCGAGGCCGCGAGCACCUCUGCUGCUCCCGCUGCCCCGACGUCGACGUCUGCGACCGAGCCUUCGACCUCUGAGCAGCCUACCUCAACAACGGCUCCCUCUUCGACGGCUCCCUCCUCGACUGCCGCCGCCCCCACAACCGAACCCACCACCACCGAAGCCCCCCCGACUUCGACUACUGAACCGCCUUCGACUACCGAGGCCCCGGCUACCACUUCUGCUCCCGCCCCGACGACUGCCAUCUCGACCAAGACCGCCUCUUCUGGGAAACCGAGCACCACUCAAUUGUACACGUCCAUCGUCACCGAAUCUCGCACCAAUGAAGCAGGAAGCGCCACACAGGUCAUCGUCACCGUCACCGCGACCGAUUCGACCAAUCCCACUCAGUCUGGCGGCUCUGGCGCUGGUGCUGCCGGCAAGAGCUCUUCUACCGUUGCCGGCUUGAAUGCGUCUGCGACCGGCAGCUCUUCGUCCGGCGACAACAAAGGACUCUCAACCGGAGGAAAGACUGCCGUUGCAGUCGUCGUGCCCGUCGUCGUCGUCGCCUUCCUAGUUGCCGCCGGCAUUUUCCUGUGGAGGAAACGCAAGCAAAAGCAGUUGGCUGCUGAGGAUAGGAGGAAGGAGGUCGAAGAGUACGGUUUCAACCCGAACAACGACCCAACUCUCCCUGCCGUGGGCGGCUUCGCGGCAUCGGAAAUGGCCGAGGAUCACAGCGGUUACCGCGGUUGGGGUAACACGACCAACCCGUCCAACCGCAAGGCUUCGACGACCAUUUCUGGAGGAUUGACUGGCUUCUCGGACAACGGCAGCAACCAGGGAGGUUACCACAGCCCAGGAUCACCGACGCACGCCACCGGCCAGUCGGAUUCGGGAGACCCUCUGAUGAUGCGCCGGGAGACGAUGGACUCGGAGGGCAUUGGAGCGCUGGGCGCUGCGCCCGUGGCAGUGAACCGCCAAUCCGACAUCCACCGUGGCCCCUCGAACGCUUCUUCCUCAUACUCUGCGGCCAACCGCUCAGACAGCUCCGACAACAUUCCCAUGCAGCCGGACGUUCAGACGCAAUACUACGACUCAGGCUACCCCUACCAGGCCUACAACCCCAACGGCUAUGAUGGGCAGCCGGUCGUUCAAAACGUCGGUGCCAGGCGCAACACGCGGAUCGAAAACCCAUCGCAAUAUCCACCAGCGGGUAACUCUGGCAUUGCGCAGAACUUUUGAUCUGGAUACCCCCAUACAUAUGCGACCUUGUUUGGA